ACUGAGAAGCCAUGAAGCCCUGCACGGUGCUGUUCCUCGUAGCCGUGCUCACCGCGUCGGGCGCGGUGCGCGGGGCGUCCAUUGCAGCGCGCUCGGAGUGCGACCCAUGGGCGCUGCGGCCGUGCGCCCCGGUGAUCCUCUGGAGCGCGCCCCCGUCCAGCGCGUGCUGCGCCAGGCUCCGGGAGCAGAGGCGGUGCCUGUGCAGGUACGCCAGGAACCCCGACCUGGGCAGAUACAUCAACUCCCAGAACAGCAAGGAGGUCGCGGCUGCGUGUCGCGUGCGGGUUCCUAUGUGCUAGGCUAGCUAGGAAUACACGCGCGGCGCGGUUGUGUGAGCGCCGUGCUAUUAUGCUGUGUUCGUCUUGGCCGUCUCCAUUUCUGACAUGCUAGCUAUUAGCAGUGCUUUGUGUGUCAUUGCCAUCAAAUGUGCCUGUGGUGUUGAUGAUCGUGUCUUAUUGUUUGGUUUGUUUGUUUUCAACAUAUGAUUGCACCAACAAGUUAUCUGGCACUAAAACCAGUCCUAUACUGACAAUAACGAAAUGAAGUGCUCAUGCUACUCCCCUGAAACCAACACUACACAAAUCCAAAAGCAGGUGCAUUUCCCUGAACAUUGUUUACAACCAUGUCUUCUAGUACGCUUCAGGAGGUUCUUCUUGGCAA